AUGCCGCUACCGAAGUCCUUGACAUUAGAAGGGUUUCACCUACCAACUGAAUGCCCUGGCCAACUAACGAUCUAUAGUCAACGGCUCUUAGCUAUUGAGAGAAGAACUAUACCAGAUGAUCACUGGCAUAGGUUCGGGGGUUUACUUCGAACAGGUGCUAACUUGACAGAUGAACCUUUCUAUGUUUAUUAG